ACAUCAUCUAGCAGCGAAAAGGUGGAACUAACGAAAUACGAAAAAAUCAUUAAUAACUUCUUUUUGACAAACAAUUUAUGAACUUUUAUGAUUAAUUCUUAAUCUACAUACUCCCAACAACUUUCACGUAUAGGUUCUUCCUCACUUUGUAAAUCAUGGCGACACUGACUGGUUUUACAAGACUAUUUAAUUUUGCUACAAAUACCUGUAUUCGAAGGAUUCUUCCAGCUCCAACGUGUAAACAAUACUAUCCAGCACCAAAGUUAUGGGAAAUCAGAGUAGCAGAUUACCGUACUAGAUACAGGUUACCUUGGUUUACAAAACCACCUAGCUAUCAAGAAGAAAUUCCUGAACAUGAUGAGAAAAAAGAAGAAGAAGCAUCUGCUGUAAUAAAUGAAAUUAACAAACAGAUAAGUACUAAAGCAACUGGCCGCUUAUUCGCGGUUGUAUAUUUACGUGGAUUACAAUUUAAAAUCACAGAAAGCGAUAUUAUAGCUAUUAGUGGUCAGUGGGCACCACAACCAGGAGAUAAAUUAACAUUAGAAAAAGUAAUGCUUGUCGGCGGCAAAGACUUCACACUCAUCGGAAGGCCUAUUCUUAAUAGAGAAUUAGUAUCGGUCGAUGCGACCGUAAUUCAGAAAACUUUAUCUCACACAAUUACCCGUUUCAGAUUUAAAAAACGAAAACAAUAUCGUAGAAUAAACUUUUACAGAAUACACAGAACAAUGUUAAGAAUAAAUUCGAUAACUAUAAAUGGAGAUAUUGAUAAAAAGAAAGAAAUUGAAGGCUUAGACAGAAUAUAUUAAAUGA